AUGCCGGAGGGGAGGCGCGUGGGCGGCGCGUGCCCGGCCUCCGAGCAGCUGGUGGCUGCUGGCGCCUGCGUCCUCCAGCCGGCAGCCAGGCGGGGGCAGCAUAACAGCGGCGAUGGAACAGAAGUAAACCGACGAGGUUGCGACGACUCGGCGACUGGGCAGUGCGCGGGCGCGCUGCCUGGCAGCCGGGGCGGCUCGCUCCUUCGCCCUCCAGCACAGGCCGCAGGUGGGCGCACGCGGCCGGUAGGAGCUGGACGCUGGAGCUGGACCGCAGCCCGGGCAGUGCGAGAAGAUCCGUACCUGGGCGGCCCCGUGCCCGAGCGGCUGCGGCGUCAGCCGCCCCGGGUCCUCGGCUGGUGGCCCGCCGCAGCCCGGCAGUGGCCACGUGCCGGGGCCCGGGAGGAGUCUGGCCGACCGGACUGCCGCUGCCUCGAGGCUGCGGACGGGGUGGUCGCCAGAGGCCGCAGCGGCAUGGGCCACGGAGACUGUGGUGUGAAAGCUGAGGAGGAGGAUGAGGUGACUCUGCCAGCAGCGCUGCAGGAGGAAGCGGCACGCGAGCUCCGCGAGGACGCGUCAGUGCGUGCCCACGGCCUGCAGCAGAUGCGCUCCUGGCUUCGCACUCACCCGGCCAUCCGCAACUGCCGUACUGAUGCUCCCUUCCUGUUGCGCUUCUUGCGCACCAAGAAGUUCAGUGUGCCGCUCGCGCAGGACAUGCUCGAGCGCUACCUCACUGUGCGCCAGCUCUAUCCGCACUGGUUCCGUGGGCUCGACGUCGACGACCCCGACCUGUCCGAUGUACUCGACAGUGGGUACUUGAUUCCUCUGCCAGAACGUGAUGAACAUGGCCGACAAGUCCUUCUGUCCUGUGCAGGUCGAUUUGACCCUUACAAGUACUCUUCAGGACACAUGGCUCGCUGUCAUAGCCUGGUGGUUGAGGCACUUAUGGAUGAACCAGAAAAUCAGAUUCGAGGAUAUACCUACCUGAAUGAUGAAUCCGGUCUUCUCAUGGGCCACAUCAGCUUAUGGUCAUUCACAGACAUCAGAAGCAUGCUACGGUGCAUACAGAACUCAACCCCAAUGAGGCAUAAAGAGAUGCAUUUCCUUCAUGUUCCACAUUAUGCCAACAAAGUUUUUGAGUUCUUCACUGCACUUAUGAAUGAGAAGUUAAGAUCCCGUGUUGUGUUUCAUCCAAGUAUCGAUGACCUGAAAGAAACUGUGAACCCAAAAAUACUGCCAAGAGAAUAUGGAGGUUUCAUUCCAAUGGCUGACAUGAUAGCGAACUUCAAAAAUGUUCUCAGAAGGAAGAGAGAUGUUCUUAAAUCACUAGAUGAUAUGGAGAUCGACCUGAAUUAUAAAACGUCAUACAUUACCGAUUUAGAAGAUGAACUAAGUGGUGUUGCAGGAAGCUUCCGUAAACUUGAGGUGGACUAGAA